AUGAUGUAAAAGGAAUAACAUUUCUACAAUAUAGAAAAAUUUAUAAGCUCUUCACUUAAAUCUCAUUAGGUUCUCCAUAUUAAUCUGAGCAGUGACAAAAAAAUUGAUGAUGAUAAUAACAAUAUAGUCACACAUAAUUACAUUAUCAGACUAAAUGAAUUUCUUCGCAUUUUCAAAGAAAUUUGUGGCAAAACAAAAAACAAAAGUACCAAAAUAGAUGAUGAAGGUGCAUCAGUCUUAAGUUCUGCUUUGGCAAAAUGCACUAAUCUCGCAAAUUUGACACUUAAUCUUGAGUAAAAUUAAAUUGGCGAUAAAGGUACAUCAGAUUUAAGUUCUGGUUUAGCAAAGUGCACUAAUCUUUCAAAUCUGGCACUUCAUCUCUAUUAAAAUAAAAUUGGUGCAGCUGGUGCUUCAAGCUUAGGUUCUGAUUUAGGAAAGUGCUCGAAUCUCUCAAAUUUGACACUUAAUCUUAGUAAAAAUAAAAUUGAUGCAGUUGGUGCAUCAGGCUUAGGUUCUGGUUUAGCAUAGUGCUCUAGCCUCUCAAAUUUAACACUUAAUCUUAGUUAGAAUUAAAUUGGUGACGAAGGUACAUCAGGCUUAGGCUCCGGUUUAGCAAAGUGCACUAAUCUUUCAAGUUUAACACUUGAUCUAUAGUAAAACGAGUUUAUUUGUCUAGGAUUGUGA